AUGCCCUCUGCAAAGCUUGCGCUACGGCGGCGCAGGGAUGAGGGAUCUCCAUCGGAUUUGUGCUUGUGACGACGUGGCCAAGCAACAAAUCUGAGUGUACGUGUGAGAAAGAAAGUUUGUUGAAAAUGGAGGCCAUUCCGUAUGUCGAUCACGUCAGUCCCAUCAACCCGACGCUGUUUCCGCAGCUGACGGUGUUGCUCCUAGGAAUUGGACUGUUUUUCAUGGCCUGGUUCUUUGUCUAUGAAGUAACAUCAACGUCAAAGACCCGCGACCUGUCCAAGGAGCUGCUGGUAUCGUUCGUCGCCUCCAUCUUCCUCGGUUUCGGCUCACUCUUCCUGCUGUUAUGGGUAGGCAUAUACGUAUAGAAUUCAAUACGUAAGACACUUCUAAAAUGCCUACUCACACCGCUGAGCGCUUCACUGCCCCGUCGUCUCAUCAGUAUAAAAUUUCGUUUUGCCGUUUUCGUUUAUCAUUUCAUUUCUUAUCCUGCGCUGAUGUUUGACGGUAGUAGUGAUGCGCCAAACGCCCUAACUGCGACAAAGACCACACUAUUCUUUCGUCAUCGCUCUCUCUCUGUAUGAACUCUGGUUUAGCUAGCGCGUGCGCUGUGUUCUACGAGCCAUGCUCUGUUGCUGUGCUGCUGACUUGGCCAUCAUUAUAGCAAUGGUUCUGCUCACUCACUCACACAAAGUCAUAUGACUGCAAUGAUCCUACAAGUAGGUUAUUGCAAGAACAGAAAAUAGACCAAAAACACUGAAAAACUGAAA